ACUCCGCUGACUAUGGAAGAGUGUGGAACAUCACAUUAAUGUUCUCCCAUCUGGUUUUUCGUAGGUCCUCUUAAGUCAGGUGCACAGACUGAGAGCACUGGAUUUGUUGGGGCGAUUUCUGGACCUGGGCCCUUGGGCCGUCAGUUUGGCUCUUUCAGUGGGGAUUUUUCCAUAUGUGUUGAAACUGUUACAGAGUUCAGCAAGAGAGCUCAGGCCUCUUUUGGUCUUCAUAUGGGCGAAGAUCUUGGCUGUGGAUAGUUCAUGCCAAGCUGAUCUUGUAAAAGACAAUGGACACAAGUACUUCCUGUCGGUGCUGGCUGACCCGUUCAUGCCUGCUGAGCAUCGGACCAUGGCAGUCUUCAUCCUUGCGGUCAUUGUCAACAACUACAACACAGGACAGGAGGCUUGUCUGCAGGGUAACCUGAUUGCGAUCUGUCUGGAGCAGCUGAAUGACCCUCAUCCUCUUCUGAGGCAGUGGGUGGCAAUCUGUUUGGGCCGUAUCUGGCAGAACUUUGAUUCUGCACGCUGGUGUGGAGUUCGAGAUAGUGCUCAUGAGAAGCUCUACAGCCUUCUGUCUGAUCCGAUACCAGAGGUGCGGUGUGCAGCUGUGUUUGCUUUGGGUACAUUUGUUGGGAAUUCUGCAGAGAGAACCGAUCAUUCUACCACCAUUGAUCAUAAUGUGGCCAUGAUGCUAGCACAACUCAUUAAUGAUGGAAGUCCCAUCGUGAGGAAGGCAAGUUUAUUGGAAUUCCAUUGUUUUUUUGUUUUUUUUCAACUUCAUUAUCUUAAGUUUGUUCUAAUACUAAGAACUGUGCAUCUUUGA